AUGAAGUUCGUUUUGGUACUGGCAAGAUGCCGUAUAUCAAUUAUCCCAAAAUUGACAUUUCCCAGAGUACCAUUUCACAAGAAUUAUUCACUUACUCCUGAGACAUCUCUCAACCGUAGAGUUGGUAAGGAAACAGUCAACCCUAGACUCAAAACCUUGGAUAAUUUUGAUCCUGAGAAGCAACCAAAUGAAACGUCAGCAGUUUAUACAAGAUUUGGUUGGUUUUAUAUUCCAACAGAGUUUUAUUUAGAUGGUAAAAUUGGUGUUGAAAUACAAAAUUCUUUGGAUGAUAAAGGUGUUACUUUGGAAACUCCCAAGUCAGAAAUUCAAAAAUUAAUUUUGGAAUGGUGUAGACAACAACCUUAUGAACCAAAGAAGAAGAUAAAACAAAGAGUGAAAAGACGAACACCCGAUGUGAUAUUGAAUAAAUUUUUCAGCAAUGGUAAAAAUGGAUCUGUGGAAGAAGAAAAACCUGAACCACUAGUAAUAGAACAAAAGCGUAAACCAUCUGAUGAAACUUUAGCCCGUAGAAUAGAAAGGGAAACGUAUAGAGUGACACCUAGAAGUAUAUUUGCCAGAUAUGAUGAAAAUACUGGUAAAUAUGAAAUUAAAGGACAUGUAUCUCAAAAUGCUGCAUUCCAAUAUUAUUUAUCAAAAGAAUGGGAUAAUUAUAAAGGUCAGUUUAAAACUAAAGUAGAAACAAGAGUUGCUUUAGGAGAAUCAUGGAAGAAGAAAACUCCAGAGGAGAAAGAAGCAUUAAGAUUAGAAUUUUUGGAGAUGUUGCAGAAUGGACAAGAUUUAGCUUCAGGGAAAAUUAUUCCAUUGGAAUCAAGAUUAAGUACAGCAGUUUUCAAUGAUGGAUUUAGACUUCGAGUUCGUUCUGAUCAUACUAAGAAUCUUAUGAAAAUCAAACAGAGUUCCAAUGAGUACUUAAAAAACUAG